UGUUAUGAGAUCAUAGACUGAGAUAUAUGCGGAAUUUAUCAUCUAUUACAUCAUAAUGUGUUCUAACGAAUUGUGAUUCAUGCUCUCAGGUAUUAAGAUACAGUAUGACUUGUUAAUCAUGUUGUGGAAUUGAGCAACGGCAGUAAAUUUCGUCAGAUGCAGUUUCCUGACCACAUCACACAUCACAUCGCACUGUUUAGCGCUCUUGCGUGACGUCGCGUCGUUUGCGGUAUAUUGUUAUAGUCCAUCCACUGAACGAUGAUGGGGAUUUUAUUUCUGGAAUACUUGCGAUCAAAACAAGGAAUUCUGAAGCUCGCUCAGCUCGUGAUUCUUCUUGUAGCGUUCGCUUGUGUUCGCUCCACGUGGUACAACAGUCUCUACGCCUACGGUUUCUUUGAAGGGGUCACGCUCGGUUACUCCAUCACGGUCGCCGUUUUUCUAAUCCUGACUGUAUUUGGGGUUCCGAAAAGGACAUCGUUUGUAAACUGGAAGAUAGCCGAGUUUGUGCUUGAUACACUGGGAUUCAUCUUCAUCUCCACUGGUUCCAUUGUAGCUGCUGUGAAGACUUACGACAUCCCCAUUCUGGUUGCCGCCUCAGUGUGUGGUCUUCUGGCCUCAUAUCUCUCAGUUGUAAGUGUGAUACUCUCAUUUGUUGCUGCUCGCAGCUCACAACCUGAGGGUAAGUUAGGAUCCGAGCGCGAUUUCAGUGUGUAUUUCAGCAUAUUUAGAUAAACUGAACAUAGCUGGAACUGUAAUACAUUUUCUGAGUAGCUGAAAUAAUGUUUUUCUGUUCCAGAUCCAACGAUAUAAAAAUAUUGUCUUAUACUGCCCUCAACAACAGGAGAGCAUGGAUGGGGAAUUGAUUAGGGCAUGGUUGUUUUAGUACAUUUACAUGGAUUAGAAUAUCAUUACUCAUUACAUGCAUCGCUUUUUCUGCAGUCAGAUGGUUUUAAUACUAUAAUUAUGAUAUAAUAUUUAAUAUUAUAAUACCCUGUUAAUUUACUGGUGCAUACAUUUUAACAAAUUGUCUUUAUUUU